AGAUUAAUUUAAAUGAUUAGUGAGAUUCAUAUAGUCGACAUCAACUUGCUUGAAACGGAGAGGUACUAGUAAGUUUUGCCAUUUGUAUUCACAUGGGGAAGAAUAUACUUGUUGACAUUGUAUGUUCAUACCUGUAUAGAAGUUUCCAAACUGUUGAUUUGGUUUGGUUAGUCUUUGUGAGCUAAUGGGCAAGUACCUUAUUAUAAUCAAAGUGCAGAAAUUCCAACUUGACGGCUCCUCAGCCAAUGCAUUUGAUCUACACCAACAGCUGACAAACACAAAAGAUAACAGUCAAGCAUACCGAAAAGAGAAAGAAGUGUGAGCAAAUAUCACGAAAAUAGUAUUGCAGGCUGCAGAUAUAGGUAUUCUCCAUUUUAGCUUAUACAGAAUUAAUCCACACAUGCAAAACAAACCUUAAUAAGCAAUGAAAUUAAGCACAAGAGAGAUACUUCUGUUUCCAGUUGUUCUUGUUCUGUUUCUUUCUAUAUCAACUGCUUCAGGUAUCAUUAGCACCAAUAAAUUCCUGCGAGAUUCAGAAACUUUAGUCUCCAAUGACAAAAGAUUCAUAUUCGGGUUCUUUAGUCUUGAAAAUUCGACGAAUCGUUAUGUUGGUGUUAUGUUUAAUGUCCAACCACCAACUGUAGUAUGGGUUGCCAACAGAGAGAGACCUUUACAGGAUUCUAGAGGAAGAGUGACAAUAUCUGAUGAUGGAAAUCUUGUAAUCUUGAAUUCACAGAAUAGGAGUAUAUGGUCAUCAAAUAUUUCACCAGCUGUGAGAAAUUCUACAGCGCAGCUCUUGGAUACUGGAAACUUAAUUUUGAACGACAGCUCCAAUGGGAGGGUUCUCUGGGAAAGUUUUCGGGAUCCUUCAGAUUGCUUCUUGCAGACCAUGAAAAUUGGCGUUGAUGUUAGUACUAACACGACAAAUCUGCUGAAAUCAUGGAUAAGUCCUUCAGAUCCAUCUGUUGGGAGUUUCUCAGCUGGUAUUCAACCUGAAACAGUUCCCCAGAUUUCCAUAUGGAAGAAUGGGAAACCUCAUUGGCGUAGCGGUCCAUGGAAUAAACAGGUUUUCAUUGGGGUACCAGACAUGACUUCGUUCUAUCUCAAUGGAUUUGAUCUAGUAAAUGACAACAAGGGCACCGUCUACCUUACCUAUUUAUAUGCAAAUCAGGUUGAGCUGAUGUAUUUCACCUUGAACUCAACAGGGUUUUUGCAGCAGAAAUAUAUGGAUCCUAGUAAGAAUGACUGGGAAGUAACAUGGGAAUUUCCUGCAACUGAGUGUGAUUUUUAUGGAAAAUGUGGACCUUUUGGAAGCUGUGAUCCUACAAGCUCACCAAUCUGUUCUUGUUUAGAGGGAUUUAAACCGACAAAUGAAGAGGAAUGGCGGAAAGGAAACUGGACUCGUGGAUGCAACAGAAAGUCCAUGUUAGAGAGCGAAAGGAACAGUUCUAACCUUGAGCAAGGGAAGCAAGAUUGGUUUCUGAAGCUGCAGUCAAUGAAAGUGCCGGAUUCUGCUAUUUGGGUACCUUUUGUAGAUGAAGAUUGUGUUAACGGUUGCUUGAGGAAUACUUCCUGCAUAGCUUAUUCAUACUACACAGGCAUAGGAUGUAUGCAUUGGGAAGGAAACUUACUUGAUGUUCAGAAAUUCUCCAUGGGUGGGGUUGAUUUAUUCCUUCGCCUUUCAUACUCUGAGCGAGAUCAAAAGAGAGAAUAUAAAGUUAUCAUUGCCAUCAUAGUCCCAGUAGGCUCGAUAAUUCUUGCCAUUUUCGGAUACAUUUCCUGCAAAUAUGUAGCUAAGCGCAGAGGAUGGAAGAGAAUGAGUAAGAUUUUCUUAAGUGAAUCAUCGCCAAACUAUUACAAGGAAGACAAGAUUACAGAGGACAUCAAUCAAGCUAAAUUGGAAGAACUGCUUGUAUACAACUUUGAUAUCUUAGCAAAUGCAACUGAGAAUUUUCAUCUGUCCAGCAAGCUUGGACAGGGAGGUUUUGGUCCAGUUUACAAAGGGAAAUUGCCAGAUGGACAAGAGAUUGCUGUGAAAAGGCUUUCCCAAUCUUCUGGUCAGGGUCUACAGGAGUUCAUGAAUGAGGUUGUGGUGAUUUCAAAACUUCAACAUCGUAAUCUUGUUAGACUUUUUGGUUGCUGCAUAGAAAGAGGGGAAAAGAUGCUGGUUUAUGAAUACAUGCCAAAAAGAAGCUUGGAUGCCUAUCUCUUUGGGUCACAGCAACAAGCAGAAGAGUUCCUUGAUUGGAGUAAACGUGUGAUCAUCAUUGAGGGAAUUGGUCGAGGCCUUCUUUACCUUCACAGGGAUUCAAGACUAAGGAUUAUUCAUAGGGAUUUAAAGGCCAGCAACAUUUUGUUGGAUGAAUACCUGAACCCCAAAAUUUCAGAUUUUGGGAUGGCAAAGAUUUUUGCAGGCAACCAAGAUCAGGCCAACACAAGCAGAGUUGUUGGAACCUAUGGUUAUAUGGCACCGGAAUAUGCAAUGGAAGGAAGAUUCUCAGAAAAAUCAGAUGUUUAUAGCUUUGGAGUGUUGUUAUUGGAAAUUAUAAGUGGAAGGAGGAACACCAGCUUUCACCAAGAUGAUGGUGCAUUAAGCCUGCUAGCAUGGGCGUGGAAGUGUUGGAUUGGAAACAAGAUUGUGGAAUUGGUUGAUCCCAAGAUAACUGAACUGCACCUUGGAAAGGAAAUUGUGAGAUGUGUACAAGUUGGACUAUUAUGUGUACAAGAAUAUGCAGAAGACAGACCAAAUGUCUCCACAAUUUUGUCUAUGCUCACCAGCGAAAUUGAUAAUUUACCAAGUCCUAAACAACCUGCAUUUACAACAAGACCGAGCUUUUCCAAGAAAGGCACUUCUAAAUCUCAAGGCUCCGUUAACAAUGUUACUGUUACUAUUAUGGAAGGACGAACAAAGGCAUUCUUACAUUGUGGUUGGAGGGUCACAGAAUCAACAGGGAAGCCUGUAGGAAAGGAAAUGAAGCUGAGCUUAAGCUGUAAGAAUAUACUUCUUUGUUGUGCUUUUCUUGUUCUGUUUUUUCUUAUAACAAAUGCUUCAUCAGACUCCAUUAGUAUUAAUGAGUUUCUGCAAGAUUCAGAAACUUUAGUCUCUAAUAACAAAACAUUCAAAUUGGUUUUUUUUUGUCCUGAGAAUUCGGCGAAUCGUUAUGUUGGUAUCAUGUUUAAUAUGAAAUCACAAUCUGUUAUAUGGGUAGCCAACAGAGACCAGCCUUUACAAGAUUCUAGUGGAAGAGUAACAAUAUCAGAAGAUGGCAAUCUUGUAAUCUUGAAUGGACAGGGAAAGAGUGUAUGGUCAUCAAAUAUUUCACCUGCUGUGAGGAAUUCUACAGCCCAGCUCUUGGAUACUGGAAACUUAGUUUUGAAGGACAACUCAAGUGAGAGAGUUCUAUGGGAAAGUUUUAGUGAUCUUUCAGAUUCCUACUUGCAGAACAUGAAACUUGGCACUGAUAAGAGUACUAACACCACAAAUCUGUUGAAAUCAUGGAGAAGUCCUGUAGAUCCAUCUGAUGGGAGUUUCUCAGCUGGUAUUCAGACUGAAACAAUUCCUCAGAUUUUCAUAUGGAAGAAUGGCUUACCUCAUUGGCGUAGCGGUCCAUGGGAUAAACAGGUUUUUAUUGGAGUACCAAACAUGACUUCUUUCUAUUUCAGUGGAUUUGAGCUAGUAAAUGACAACAUGGGCACCACCUACUUCUACUAUUCAUAUUAUCAAGGUGAUGACAUUUUAUACUUAGUUUUGAACUCAACAGGAUUUCUGCAACAAAAAUAUUUAUAUGCUAGGAAGAAUGAGUGGGAAGUCACAUGGGCAACUCCAUCAAAUGAGUGUGAUUUUUAUAGAAAGUGUGGACCUUUUGGAAGCUGUGAUUCUGAAAGUUCACCAAUUUGCAGUUGUUUGCAAGGGUUUAAACCAAAAAAUCAAGAGGAGUGGGUGAAAGGAAACUGGACAAAUGGAUGCAUCAGAAAGACAGUGUUAGAGAAAGAAAGAAACAACUCUAACAUUGAGCAGGGUAAGCAAGAUUGGUUUUUGAAGUUGCAGUCGAUGAAAGUGCCAGAUUAUCCUAUUUGGGUACCUUCAGCCAAAGAAGACUGUGAAAGUGAUUGCUUCAGAAAUUUCUCCUGCAUAGCUUAUUCAUACUACAGAGGCAUAGGGUGUAUGCAUUGGGAAGGGAGCUUAAUUGAUUCUCAGAAAUUCUCCAAGGGUGGGGCUGAUUUAUUCAUUCGCCUUGCAUAUACUGAACAAGAAAAAAAGAAGAGCAAUAAAGUAGCCAUCAGGAUCAUAGUUCCAAUAAUUUGCACAAUAGUCAUUGCCAUCUUGGGAUACAUUUCCAGCAAACUGUUGGCUAAACAUAGAGGAAGGAAGAGAAAGCGUGAGCUCUUAUCAAAAAAAUCAUUUCCAAGCUAUUACAAGCUAAGUUUGGCUAGAGAUGACAUUAACAGAGUUAAAUUUGAAGAUCUUCCGAUAUACAGCUUUGACAUGCUAGCAAAUGCAACUGACAAUUUUCAUCUGUCUAGCAAGCUUGGGCAGGGUGGUUUUGGUUCAGUUUAUAAAGGAAAACUUCCAGAGGGACAAGAAAUUGCUGUGAAAAGGCUUUCACAGUCUUCUGGUCAGGGGCAAGAGGAGUUCAUGAAUGAGGUUGUGGUGAUUUCCAAACUUCAGCAUCGUAAUCUUGUUAGACUCCUCGGCUGCUGCAUAGAAAGAGGGGAGAAGAUGUUGGUUUAUGAAUACAUGCCAAAAAGAAGCUUGGAUGCCUAUCUCUUUGGUGUACACAUUGAAGAGGAAUACUUCCUUGAUUGGAGCAAACGUGUGAUCAUCAUUGAGGGAAUCGGCCGAGGCCUCCUAUACCUUCACAGGGAUUCAAGACUAAGGAUUAUCCACAGGGAUUUAAAGGCAAGCAACAUUUUGUUGGAUGAAUAUCUGAACCCUAAAAUUUCAGAUUUUGGUAUGGCAAGAAUUAUUGCAGGCAACCAAGAUCAAGCCAAUACAAUUAGGGUUGUUGGAACCUAUGGUUAUAUGGCACCUGAAUAUGCAAUGACAGGAAGAUUCUCAGAAAAAUCAGAUGUCUACAGCUUUGGCGUAUUGUUACUGGAAAUUAUUAGCGGAAGGAGGAACACUAGCUUUUACCAAGAGGAUGGUGCAUUAAGCCUUCUAGCAUGGGCAUGGAAGUUGUGGAAUGAAAAUAAGAUUGUCGAAUUGGUUGACUCCAAGAUAAUUGAACUACAGCUCAAAAAGGAGAUUCAUAGAUGUGUACAUGUUGGACUAUUAUGUGUACAAGAAUAUGCAGAAGACAGGCCAAAUGUCUCCACAGUUUUGUCUAUGCUCACCCGGGAAAUUGAUGAUUUACCAAGUCCUAAACAACCUGCAUUUACAACAAGACCGACCCCUUCCAAGAAAGGCUCCUCUAGAAUUCAAGUCUCCGUGAACGAUGUUAGCAUUACUAUUAUGGAAGCACGAUAGAGAUCAUAUAAUUUUAGUGUAGGCAUAUAUCUUAUUCAUUUCCUGUAAUUAUUCUUGUAUGUGAUUCUACAUUUAGAAUCCAAGAGAAGUUUAAACCGAGCUGAGUCCUUUAGCAGCGAGAAUUUCAGUCAAGAGAUUAACAAGUUAGUUUCGUUGCCAAAGGGUAUUACAUAUCUGAAUUUGGAGUUCAAAAUACAAAUUUCUUUUA